AUGAGCGCCAGGCAUGCUGCUUUGCUUUUGGCCGCCAUGUACUGCGGUCUCUGCACCUUUGGUCCCACCGCCAUGAUGACCAUGCCUAUCUUCCGGCUGAGCCGGUGCCGCGAGCAGCUGUUGAACUCGUUGGAUGUGUCCGCGGUGCGCCGGAAGUUCAUCCGGCUGCGGCAGGAGGAUUUCCUGGAGGAGUCCGAGGAGUCGUGGGAGCAGAGGCAGCUGGCCAGGAGGAACUUUGAAGCGGCUUCGGAGCUGGCCUACCUGUUCGGCGAGAACGACAAGGACCUCGAGGCCUCUGAGAGGACCCCAGAGGACCUCAGCUUGUGGGCCAUGCACGAGCAGCUCUGUGCCUCAAGCAAUUCCGGCAUCGCUUUGCUCGCCAUGGCCGCCUACACCGUGGAUCCCGCCUACGCAGGAGCCUACCAGGGCUAUGCUGCGGAGCCAGCCAUGUUCAGCACGGGCUAUGGUGCGGAUCCCUAUGGAGGCCAGAUGGGCUACUCCCAGUCCCCCUACACGGCUUCUCCGUACACGGCUUCGCCGUAUGCCAUGCCGGGUGCGAGCUCGGUGCAGGCCAUGCCAUACCAGAGCUACACCACGGGUGCUCCGAUGGGUGGAGCUUUGGACCACUCCCAGGGCAAGUGGUUUGCUCCGGGAGAGGCUCUGCCCCCGGGCUUCAUGGUGACAGCACACCCGGAGGGCCACGCCGCUCCCGCCGAGACCCACGCCAUGUCUGACCAGGUCCGCGAGAGCUUCGUGGUGAGCUCGGGCAUGAAGACCGGCUCCGCCGCGCCGCCUAAGGCGUCCUCCAAGAGCAAGAAGAGCAAGAAGAGCAAGAAGUCUGGAUUCUGCUGCUAA